AUGUCAUCUUUGCUUUUUUGGAAUUGUAGGGGUGCUAAGAAGAAGGAGGCUUCCCAUUAUUUAAGAAGUGUUAUUAAGGAUAAUGGUGUGUUCUUUGUUGGCUUACUAGAAACUAAACUAGCAUGUAUGGAUAGAAAUGAGGUCAAUAGAAUUCUUGGUAAUAAAUGGAAUUUUUUUCAUGUUGAUGCAAGAGGAAAAUUUGGUGGUAUCCUGGCCUUAUGGAAAAAUGGUAUUUCUUUGUUUGAUGUUCUAACUUCAUCAAACCAGUGCAUUAUUGGUAAAUUAACAGAUGUGAAGGGCAUUGCUUGGACCAUUGCUAUUAUUUAUGGAAGCAAAACUGUGAGGGAGAGAAGAGAUCUUUGGGAUCUUAUUGAAUGGUUUACUACAGCUGAUGAACCUUGUAUUAUAGGGGGAGACUUCAAUUGCAUUCUUUCUAAUUAUGACAAAAAAGGUGGAAAAAAAUCCUUGUUCUCUAAAGGCUCACAACAUAUGAUGGAGUUCUUAAAUAAGAAUGAUUUUCAUGAUAUUGGUCUUAGGGGACCUAAGUUCACUUGGUGCAAUAACAAGGAAGGUAUUGCUCGUAUAUGGGAAAGGUUAGACAGAAUCUUCCUCAACUCAAAAGCCUUAGAUCUUAUUCCAUUUAUUGUCAUCAAUCACUUGGACCUUGCAUCGGACCAUUGUCCGAUAAGUUUGAAUAUUCUUAAUUCUCAGGUCUUUUAUCAUAAUUCUAUUAAAUUUGAGAAUGUUUGGAAGAUAGCCAGAUCUCUUAAGAUUUUGUUCUUUUGGAGCAAGAGGAAACUACUGGAUCUUAAUGUAUUAAAGAAGGAGUUACAUGAAGAUAUCUUAGCCCUUCAAGUUGAGGAAAGUGAAUCAGGACUUUCUCCUGAUAAGUUGGCUGUUUUGAUAAUGAAGAUUAAGAAAUUGGAUAGCAUUCUAGUUAAUGAUCAGGAUGAAAUUCAUAGCAUUUUUGAAGACUUUUUCCAGAGCAAAUGGAAAUUUAAAAAUUGUUCAUUGGAAGGAUGGCCUAUGGAGCAAUGUUUUAAAAAAUUGAAUGUAGAACAACAAAAUUUGCUUAUGGCAGAAUUCAGUAAAAAUGAAUUGGUGGCUAUCUUGGAAAAAAUGGAGAAUAAUAAGUCUCCAGGGAAUGAUGGCGUUAAUGCCUUCUUCUUUAAAAGCUAUUGGAAUAUCUAUCAUAUAGAAGUGUGGAAAGCAGUUAAAUCAUUCUUUGAUUUGAGAAGCCUGCCGGAGGAUUGGAGGGAAACUUUGGUUAUAUUGAUCCCAAAGGAGAAUGGACAAGGUCUUGGCAUCAAAUUAGCUCCCAAUAUUCCUAAAUUUCGCAUUUGUUAUAUGCCGAUGAUGUAA